AGCAAAAUUAUUAUUUCCUUCAAAAUCAUGCAAUUCAUUUCGCAAGGUUAAAGUUUGACUAGCAACUACUUACACGGACAUUAGUGCCUUUCUUACUGUUCUUGGAUUCAGAUUUUUUGUAAAAUAUAUAGUCCUUUAGGGUUUUCCUUCGGGGGUUUGAAAGGAUUGGAUGUAGUAUCUUCUGAAAACCUUGAUAUAUAAUUCUCCUGGACAUCUUCUCAUGAUUUUUUCUAAGGAUUUCAGAUGUGUGUUCUUCGAUUUUCUCCUGAUUUCAUAUUAAUUCAGUGUAUACAAGAAGCAUGAUAAAAAAAUAUCAGAUGGGGUACCUCUCACAGUAUCUUCAUCAACAAUAUACAUGACAUUGUGAUAAAUGACCACAGGCCAUUUUUUGCGUAUGUUUCUGGCCAAAAUAUCUUAAUAGAAAAAUUUUUCCAGGAUCUUUUUGUGGCAGAUGGUCAAGGGCUCCCGCGCUCAGUGGUUGAGAAGGAAGCAAAUUUAGCUCAGCAGGUCUUAGACUUGUAUGCAAUGAAGACUGAAACUAUAAUAGAAAUGUUGAGGAAUGUAAGUGAACAAGUUUCCGAUCUACCUUAUCAUAAUAAUCGUAGGACCAGAAGUGCAAAAGAUACUUACACUCUUCUACGCAUACUCUGCCAUAAGAAGGACAAAGAUGCCUCUAAAUAUUUGAAAUUGCAUUAUCAGCUUCCCAAGUCUUCAGAUUAUGAUGACAGUCUAACAACAAAUGAAACAGCAUCGAAAUCACCUCUUUCUAACCGAUGUUUUCCGAAGAAGCACUAGUGUCAACUGGACAGAGAAGGGUCAGAGCAGCUUUAGAUCAAUAAAAUCGAAACUGCAUGGAGUAACUUCUGAGCUCAAGCUUGCACCAUGGUGAGCAUCGAAUCAUUCGGAUGCCUCUGUGUUCUUCGUCGUGUUUCCUUGUUGUUGUACAAUAAUGUUUCAAUGCAUCGAAGAAUCUAUCAAUGAGCACAAAUGCAGUUUUGCAACUGUGGAUUAUGAACUCUGAAAUGAUCAAAUUUUUUCUGCCAUUCAAAUGAACUUGAUGAAUUUAGUUUGUUGUA